AUGGGGAAGAACGGGUUUCUCAUCAAACCAAACAUCUGUCUCCUUCUCCUCUUCUUCCUUCCUGGAGACACCUCACCUGCCACAGAGCCGCAGUAUAUGGUGCUACUGCCCUUUGUGAUUCACACUGGUUCUACUGAGAAGGUCUGUGUUCAGCUGACCCACCUGAAUGAGUCUGUGACGCUGAGUGCCAUACUCGAGUAUCAAGGGGAAAACAGGAGCUUGAUUGAUGACGUGGUGUCAGAGAAGGACGUGUUCACCUGCAUCCCUUUCUCUCUUCCAAAAUCAAGUAGCCAGUCACCAGCCAUGUUUAUCACUGUGACGGUGAAGGGAGCGACACUGGAGUUCAGGAGCCGCAAGGCAGUGCUGGUCAAGAAUUCUGAGAGCUUGGUCUUCAUCCAGACAGACAAACCCAUCUACAAGCCUGGACAGACAGUUCUGUUCAGAAUUGUUUCUCUGGAUAAAGACUUCCAUCCCCUGAAUGAGGUGUUUCCACUGGUGUAUGUCGAGGACCCAAAGAAAAAUCGUCUGUACCAGUGGACAAAGGCAGAUUUAAAGGGAGGGCUAAUCCAACUGUUCUUCAACCUCACCUCUGAACCUGUGCAAGGGACCUACUCAGUGGUGGCACAGAAGGCCUCUGGAAAGACAAUCAAGCAUCCUUUCUCUGUGGAAGAAUAUGUGCUGCCAAAAUUCGAAGUGACAGUGAAAAUGCCCAAGAUGAUUACCAUUCUUGAUGAGAAGCUGAAGGUGACAGUUUGCGGUCUAUACACAUUCGGGAAACCUGUUCCUGGCCUCGUGAGCGUCCGUGUCUGCCGGAAGUUUGAACACCCAGCCACUGCCUGCUAUGGUGAGGAGGCUAAAGCAGUGUGUGAUGAAUUCUCUGGACAGACAGACAACUAUGGCUGCAUUUCUGAAACGGUAAAGACCAAAUUAUUCCAGCUCAAGAGAAGUGGAUAUGAGAAUAAGCUCCAUGCGGAGGCUAAGAUUAAAGAGGAUGAGACAGGGGUGGAGAUGACUGGAACAAGUUUCUCUGAGAUCACAACCACCAUUAGCAAAAUCACCUUUGAACAUUCAGACUCCUACUUCAAACCUGGAAUCCCCUUUUUUGGGCAGGUGAAACUAGUGGAUGGAUCUGGAGCUCCAAUUACCAACGAAACCGUGAGAGUUUCUUUACAAGGAGGCCAGGAAAACAACUAUACAACAAAUGAAGAGGGCAGGGCAUGGUUUGCCCUGAACACUUCCAUGUUGGACUUCAGUUCUGUUGGAAUUAGGGCAAUUCAUAAAGUACACCCCUACUGCUAUGACCGUUCCUGGGUUGUUCCACAUUACGAAGAAGGCUACCUCCAACUAAAGCGCUUUUACUCUCCUAGUAAGAGCUUCCUCAAAAUUGAGCCCAAGUCUGAGACACUAAGCUGUGGCUCCUCCACAGAGGUCCGAGUCCACUAUAUCCUUACUCCUGAGGCCAUAGGAGAACUGAAGAAAAUAACCUUUUACUACCUGGUGAUGGCCAAGGGAAUCAUUAAGCAAGCAGGUAUCCACGUUCUGGAUUUGGGCCAGGAAAGUGCCAAUAGAGUCUUCUUGAUACAAUUGCCUGUACAAGCUGAUAUUGCUCCAGUGGCUCAGAUGCUUGUCUACACCACUGCUCCCAGUGGGGAGGUGAUUGCUGAUUCAACCAAGUUCAAUGUAGAGAAAUGUUUCAACAAUAAGGUGGAUUUAAGCUUCUCUCCUUCUGAAGGCCUUCCUUCCUCUGAUGCUAGCUUGCUGGUCAGAGCCUCCCCAAACUCCCUCUGUGCUGUCCGUGCUGUGGACAAGAGCAUUCUCCUCAUGAAGCCAGAAGCUGACCUGUCACCCAGCUCGGUAUAUAGCUUACUGACAGUGAAGGAAUCGCAUGACUAUUUACAUGGUCCAGACAUGGAAGAGUCCCUGGAGAACUGCAUCCCCUUGAAGAAGAUAGUUCUGAAUGGGAUCACCUACUCUCCAGUAGUAGAGAUGAAUGAAGAUGACACUUACAGAAUCUUAAAGGAUAUGGGUUUAAAGGUUUUCACAAAUACCAAGGUGAGGAAACCUUGGUAUUGCAGCACUGAGAAUUACAUGCCUGAAGUCGCCUUUGCAUCACCUUCAGCCUUGCCUGGAGCAUCUAUGCAUUCAAUGAGGAGUAGCGGCCAUCUUUCAUAUAUGCUUUUUGGCUCAUCAAACACUCCUGAAGAGCUGACAGAGACAGUCCGAAAGUAUUUCCCAGAAACUUGGAUUUGGAGUUUAGUAUCUGUAAGCUCCGAGGGAAAUGCUGAUCUCGAUGUUACCAUCCCUGACACCAUCACCGAGUGGAAAGCCAAUGCAUUCUGCACUUCAGCAGACAUGGGCUUUGGCCUGUCCCCAACAGUGUCCCUCAGAGCUUUCCAGCCCUUCUUUGUAGAGCUCACUAUGCCUUACUCUGUGGUGCGUGGCGAGUCCUUCACACUGAAAGCCACCGUUUUUAACUACCUCACCACCUGCAUCAGGGUCAGUGUGACCCUGGCUCAGUCUACUCAUUUUCUGGCCGCUCUGGUGGAAAACGAGGAAGAAUCUCAUUGUCUCUGUGAGAAUGGGCGGAAAACUGUGGCUUGGCUGGUGACUCCACGAUCUCUAGGGCAGGUAGAGUUUUCGGUGACCACCGAGGCCCUGCAGAACCAGCAGCCCUGUGGGAAUGCCAUCGUGGAGACCCCUGAGAAAGGGAGGAAGGACACUGUCAUCAGACAGCUGCUGGUGGAGCCUGAAGGAAUUGAGAAGGAAACCUCCCAGAACUCUGUGCUCUGUGUAAAAGGAGCACCUAGGAAAGAGAAGUUUUCCCUGUUACUACCCUCAAAUGUGGUACAAGACUCAGGCAGAGCAUAUUUCUCAGUGCUGGGCGACAUCAUGGGUACUGCCAUGCAGAACCUGCACCAGCUCCUCCAGAUGCCAUUCGGCUGUGGGGAGCAGAACAUGGUCCUGUUUGUACCCAACAUAUACGUCCUCGACUACCUGAACAAGACAGGGCAGCUGAGUGAGGAAGUCAAAUCCAAAGCCACUGGAUACUUAGUGAGCGGUUAUCAGAGACAGCUGAACUACAAGCACCCAGAUGGCUCUUACAGUACCUUUGGACCACGUUAUGGCCAACCAGGGAACACUUGGCUCACAGCCUUUGUCCUCAAGGCCUUUGCCCAGGCCCGGACUCACAUCUUCGUAGAUGAGAACCACAUCCAGGAUGCUUUGGUCUGGCUGUCCUACAAACAGAAGGAGAACGGCUGUUUCCAGAGUUCUGGGACACUCCUGAACAAUGCCAUGAAGGGUGGAGUGGACAACGAGGUCUCACUGACGGCCUACAUCACUAUCGCAUUUCUGGAGAUUCCUCUGCCUGUAACUCACUCUGUUGUGCGUAAUGCUCUGUUCUGCCUGGAGAUGGCCGCGGGUAAGACAGACAACCAUGUGUACACCAAGGCACUGCUGGCAUAUGCCUUCGCCCUGGCACAGAAGGAAGAGAAGCGGAAGGCAUUGCUUGACUCACUUGAAAAGGAAGCUGUGAAAAAGGAUGGGACUGUUCACUGGCAGCGGCCAGGGAAAGAGCCGGAGGUGGAUCUGCCAUACUACCACUACCGUGCUCCCUCUGCUGAAGUGGAGAUGACAGCCUACGUGCUCCUCGCUCACCUCACCACGCAACCAGCCCCUUCCCAGAAGGAGCUGUCCUUUGCAUCUCUGAUCGCAAGGUGGAUCAUCAGUCAGCAGAACCCGAACGGAGGCUUCUCCUCCACCCAGGACACAGUGGUGGCUCUGCAAGCCCUGUCCCUGUACGGAGCCGCCACCUACGCCAAGAGCGGAGCAGCUUCCCAAGUGACACUGCGAUCGGGAGGAGACUUCCAGCAAGACUUCCAGGUGGAUCCCAGCAACCGGCUGCUGCUCCAGCGCGUGGCCCUGCCCCGGGUGCCAGGGGAGUACAGCACGGAGGUGUCUGGUGAAGGAUGCGUCUACCUGCAGACAAGCCUGAGGUACAACGUGCAGCCCACACAGGAGGACGCGCCCUUCCUGCUUCAUGUGUACACAAUUCCAGAGACAUGUGAGGACUCCAAGGCUCACAAGGUCUUUGACGUAGGCAUAAAUGUCAGUUACACUGGGGAGCGCAACAGCUCCAACAUGGUGAUUGUUGAUGUGAAGAUGCUGUCAGGAUUCAUCCCUGUAAAGUCCUCCGUGAGGAAGUUGGAAAGUCACGCUGUUAUUGAGCGCACAGAGUUGAGCACCAACCAUGUCCUAGUCUAUCUGGAAAGGCUGAGCAGCGAGACCCUCAGCUUCUCCUUCUCGGUGGAGCGGGACGUCCCCGUGCAGGGACUGAAGCCAGCCCAGGUGAAGGUCUAUGACUACUACGAGACAGACGAGUUUGCCACUCAGGAGUACAGCGCUCCCUGCACCACAGCUAGGGCUGAACAGGGAAAUGCCUGAAGAACACGUCUGAGCCUUGCUGGAUCAUUUUAUAUGUCUCUGCCCCUAGAAGACCUUCUGAUUGAGGGGUGCUAUUGAAAUGUUAAAGAAAGACACCUCAAC